UUGGUAGUGCUGUGUGAUUCCUACCAGCUGUUUCCCGCCUUGAAAGACAUCCGAUCAGCUGCAACUACACACAUACACGUACAUGCAGAAGGAAAGAGAGAGAGAGAUUGAGAGCGCCACACAACGAGGGAACCCUAUCAGCUGGAAGUAGAGUCACGUUUAGAUCUCCGACUGCUCUGCUACUACAUAAGGAAUUUUACGAAUUAUGAAAUUAUUCUAGAUUUAUGAGCAAGGGAAUUUGCACCUGAAACUGGAACAUAUUUUGUGCGUUAAUUCGUUUGAACCGGGGGACACAACUGGAGAGGAAAGCAUGGAGUAUUUCAUGGUACCAGCACAGAAGGUGCCCUCCUUGCAACAUUUUAGGAAAACGGAGAAGGAAGUGAUUGGGGGUCUUUGUAGCCUGGCGAACAUUCCUCUGACCCCCGAGACGGCGCGCGACCAGGAGCGGCGGAUCCGCCGGGAGAUCGCCAACAGCAACGAGCGGCGGCGCAUGCAGAGCAUCAACUCCGGCUUCCAAUCGCUCAAGACGCUCAUCCCCCACAGCGAUGGAGAGAAACUCAGCAAGGUGGGUCCGAGGGAGGAAAGGAAGGGAGAGAAACUCAGCAAGGCGGCCAUCUUGCAGCAGACAGCAGAGUACAUCUUCGCUCUGGAGCAGGAGAAGACACGGCUACUGCAACAGAACAGCCAGCUCAAACGCUUCAUUCAGGAGUUCAGCGGCUCCUCCCCAAAGAGGAGGCGCGGGGCGGAGGAGAAGGAUGAAGGGAUCGGUUCCCCAGACAUUUUGGAGGAGGAGAAGACGGAUGACCUGCGGAGGGAGAUGGUGGAGCUGAGACAGCAGCUGGACAAGGAGCGCUCUGUCCGCAUGAUGCUGGAGGAGCAUUUGAGACAGGAGGGGGUCUGCUGUGUUGUGGUUGGUGGUACUCAGCCUGAACAUGUGUUAGGAACUCACUCCGAGCAGCAGGAGAGAGCCAGCACCCCAGCCCACAGCCCACAGGUGCUGGCCCCCAGGUCGUCCCCCGCCCCCACCCACCACCCCACGGUCAUCGUCCAGCCCCCCGCACCAGCCCCGCCUCCCCAUCACGUCACCGUGGUAACCAUGGGCCCGGCCUCUGUCAUCAACACAGCCUCCACGUCUCGCCAGAACCUGGACACCAUUGUGCAGGCCAUCCAGCACAUUGAGAGCAUCCAGGAGAGGGUGGGGGAGGAGGAACAGCGCCGGGCGGUGAUCGUCACCCAGGGGCGCGCCCUCACAGACACAGCGGGGUCCGACACAGCGUCCGACAGCGAGUGGCCAGAGGACUGCUCACUGCCCUGAGGCCUCCCAUCACACACAGGGGCCACGAGAGGGGGCCCUGUACAACACCCACAAUACUCUGAUUAUAUGGCCAUUUAUUAGGUUGGAUAGACGGAUCAGACUCACACACACACUGAACUAGGAUAGUCUACUGUAACUGGAGAAUUACACAUACACACUUCUUUCUGUCUCCCUUUUCUGCUUUCUUGCUUUUUCUCAAACCGGACAAAAAACAUCAGUAGAAAGGUGAUGGGUUGACCUGACAGUUCCACAUAGCUCAAGCGUCCAGCAGCCUUCCCAUCGGUCACGAAACACCCAUCCAACCCACUCCCUCUCUGGGUCUUGCUCCUCCAGAGGGCUGCCUGAGGAUGGAAGUGUCACACCUAUCCAACCCACUCCCUCUCUGGGUCUUGCUCCUCCAGAGGGCUGCCUGAGGAUGGAAGUGUCACACCCAGGUCCAGCCCGGUCCCUUGACUCAGUUGUCCAAUGGAGACUCUUUCUCACCUUCUCCAAAACCAAAUAAGCAACUUCUCCCCAGCGAGCAGGAGAGCGCGCCUGGACAGGACAGGUGUACCCCAACCAGCAGCACAGCCAUCCCAGGUGACCCCAUACCCCCCAUACUAGAGAUCAUUUCUACAAGAAAUCUUCUACUUCCUGUAUCUCUUCACCAUAUUUCUACCCAGGGGAAUCUCCCCUGAGCGACGAGACACUGUGAGCAUUCAAAGACACAUCAGUUCCAACACACCUUUUGGCUCCUUAGUAAGAGGAAAUGUUGUUGUUUUGCUGUUGUACUUUACAAAGAAUUUGUAAGAGUUUGCGUUACAGGUUUUCGUUUUGAUCUUGUGUUCUGCUCAGUGGCUCUGGUCGAUAAAUCACAGGGAUUGAAAUGAAACGUGACAACACAGAAACGGCCCAUAUUGACGCAGUUAGAGGUCUGUUCAUUUCAGUGGUGCUGUUAGGAGACAGAGCUAAGCUUACUAUGGAAGGAGGAGGAGUGCACUUCCCGUUCCCUCUUUGUCUUUUUGUGCCAUCCCACUUUUUACUGGGCUGGGUUCCCAGUUGACAUUUAUACAGGCGACACUCUCCCCUAAUUAGUAGUACAGAUGAAAACCUGUAACACCGAUUCACCCUUUCGUCUGUUGCUUCUGACAUUUUGGCAUCUUGCUUGUUGAUUAAGCUAAUCGAUGGGUACGUCUUGAGUUUUAAAACCCUUUGUGUGUUUUUGCUGUUGUACACAGGGUAGGGUGGUGUAUCUAGCUCCACGCUGUAAUUAGGUGGGUUGUGUCCGGGGUUAGGAAAGCCCUGUAUUUGGGACAGGCCUCUGUUUGAUAUCGUAGGAGAACACACACACCCCCCUGUGCAAUUAAUGGUCCCAGAUCUGAUAAAGCUCCUCCCAUCAUUUGUCCUUGAAUUUUGGAAACGUCUCUGAUGUUUUUGAGUUUAGAUCCUUAACUGCCAAUGAUAUUGGUUGACUGUGCAUUUGACUCUAUGUUUCCACUAAUAGGAACACGCGUCCUGGGGGGGGGGUCAGGUAUCUCUGGUAUCACCAUACUACUCGGCAUCGUGAUACUUGGCGUGGUAUCACAUCAUUAGUAAAAUGUUGAUAUUGUGACAACCCCACUCUGAAAAUAGGCACAUUUUCUUGCGGUUUUUAUUGUGCUUUUCAGCGUAGCGUGUUUCAUUCUCUCUGUGAAGUCUGUCUAUGAUGGUUUUGUUGUGCCCCAGAUAUGACAGUGGUUUUACAGGGAUCACAGACACUUUUUCAAAAGCAUGAGUUUUCCCAGGCUGACCUGAUUGAAACCUUGUUGUUUUGGGGGUUCUCCUAUCCCGUGGAGUGAGGGGGGAAUGCAGACACACAUGUACAGUCACACACAUACACACACACACACACACAGACCUGCCUCCUCCCUCCCUAGACCUAGUUUAUGUGUCAGAUCCUUACAAUACUUACAGAAAUUAUUUAGAAUAAUCCCAUCUGGGUUGCACCCAGGAUAACACGCUGCCUGGGGUGUGUGGCGAGAGAGAGAGAGGGGCAGCGGUUUGCCAUAACACAGCUUCUAAUGUGCAGGGUAGGCACCAUGAGGCCAGCCUUAACUCAACCCUGGAGUCAGAGCGAGAAAGAGGUAGAGGCUGGCCACACCUAUAUAGAGAAAGCCUUAACUCAACCCUGGAGUCAGAGCGAGAAAGAGGUAGAGGCUGGCCACCUAUAUAGAGAAAGCCUUAACUCAACCCUGGAGUCAGAGCGAGAAAGGUAGAGGCUGGCCACCUAUAUAGAGAAAGCCUUAACUCAACCCUGGAGUCAGAGCGAGAAAGCGGUAGAGGCUGGCCACACCUAUAUAGAGAAAGCCUUAACUCAACCCUGGAGUCAGAGCGAGAAAGAGGUAGAGGCUGGCCACCUAUAUAGAGAAAGCCUUAACUCAACCCUGGAGUCAGAGCGAGAAAGAGGUAGAGGCUGGCCACACCUAUAUAGAGAAAGCCUUAACUCAACCCUGGAGUCAGAGCGAGAAAGAGGUAGAGGCUGGCCA